GCAUCGGCGCUGUCACUGGCAUCCCGGGCCGAACGCGGUGCCUGAUUCGAGCCGAGCCAGGCCGGAGCCUGUUUCCUCCGGCGCUUGGCCGCGCGGCCCGAGCCCCCCGGUUAGCUCCCCGGCGGCUGUCCGGCUGCCCCGCGCCCCGCCCAGUCAGCAUGUCCUGGGCCGCCCGCCCGCCCUUCCUCCCGCCGCCGCAUGCCGCGGGGCAGUGUGGGCCGGUGGGGGUGAGGAGAGAGAUGCAUUGUGGGGUCGCGUCCCGGUGGAGGCGGCGGCGGCCCUGGCUGGAUCCCGCGGCGGCGGCGGCGGCGGCGGCGGUAGCGGCCGGAGAGCAGCCGAGCCCGGAGCCCGAGCCGGAGCCGGGGGAGGCUGGCCGGGACGGGAUGGGCGACAGCGGGCGGGACUCCAGAAGCCCAGACAGCUCCUCCCCAAAUCCUCUUUCCCAGGGGAUCCCUCCCCCUUCUCCUCCUGGCCCACCUCUUCUCCCUUCAGCACCUCCACCUCCAAUGCCACCCCCUCCACUGGGCUCCCCCUUCCCAGUUAUCAGUUCUUCCAUGGGGUCUCCUGGUCUACCCCCUCCGGCUCCCCCAGGAUUCUCCGGGCCUGUCAGCAGUCCUCAGAUUAACUCAACAGUGUCUCUCCCUGGGGGUGGGUCUGGCCCCCCUGAAGAUGUGAAGCCACCGGUCUUAGGGGCCCGGGGCCUGCACUGUCCACCCCCUCCAGGUGGCCCAGGGGCCGGCAAACGGCUAUGUGCAAUCUGCGGGGACCGAAGCUCAGGCAAGCACUAUGGGGUUUACAGCUGUGAGGGCUGCAAGGGCUUCUUCAAGCGCACCAUUCGGAAGGACCUGACCUACUCUUGUCGGGACAAUAAAGAUUGUACGGUGGACAAGCGUCAGCGGAACCGCUGUCAGUACUGUCGCUAUCAAAAGUGCCUGGCCACCGGCAUGAAGAGGGAGGCGGUACAGGAGGAGCGUCAGCGGGGGAAGGACAAGGACGGGGAUGGGGAGGGGGCUGGGGGAGCCCCCGAGGAGAUGCCUGUGGACAGGAUCCUGGAGGCAGAGCUUGCUGUGGAGCAGAAGAGUGACCAAGGCGUUGAGGGUCCUGGGGGAACCGGGGGUAGCGGCAGCAGCACAGAGACAAGUGGAUCUCGGUGGGUUCAAGACCAGCCUGGUCUACAUAGCGUGUUCCAGCCAAAUGACCCCGUGACUAACAUCUGCCAGGCAGCUGACAAACAGCUAUUCACGCUUGUUGAGUGGGCGAAGAGGAUCCCCCAUUUUUCUUCCUUACCUCUGGAUGACCAGGUCAUACUGCUACGGGCAGGCUGGAAUGAGCUCCUCAUUGCCUCCUUCUCCCAUCGGUCCAUUGAUGUCCGAGAUGGCAUCCUCCUGGCCACAGGUCUUCACGUGCACAGAAACUCAGCCCAUUCCGCAGGCGUGGGAGCCAUCUUUGAUCGGUCCCUCUCCAGGGUGCUGACAGAGCUAGUGUCCAAAAUGCGAGACAUGAGGAUGGACAAGACAGAGCUUGGCUGCCUGCGGGCAAUCAUUCUGUUUAAUCCAGAUGCCAAGGGCCUCUCCAACCCUGGGGAGGUGGAGGUCCUGCGGGAGAAGGUGUACGCAUCACUGGAGACUUACUGCAAGCAGAAGUACCCUGAGCAGCAGGGCCGGUUUGCCAAGCUGCUGCUACGUCUUCCUGCCCUCCGGUCCAUUGGCCUUAAGUGUCUAGAGCAUCUGUUUUUCUUCAAGCUCAUUGGCGACACCCCCAUUGACACCUUCCUCAUGGAGAUGCUCGAGGCUCCCCACCAGCUGGCCUGAACCCAGAUGCACAUGUGUGCUCCUCCUGAGUGGGGAGUGCAGUGGAAGAGGACAUGAGUCUGGGCAGGGUGGGAGGGCCCAGGGCCCACCCAGAGCUGUGGACAAGGAGCACGGAACAGAAGGGGCUUCCCUGACUUCCAAGGGGUUCCGUCAACCCUUUGCAGGGUUUGCUUGAUCUCUGAGUCAGAGGGGACCCCAGAUCCCUGUGACAACUAGACAUCUACCUUCAGUGGCCUUGAGUCUCUGAAUUUGUUGGGGUCUUCCAUGAUUUGGAGUGAUUUCUCAUCCCCCAGCUCUCUCCCAGCACAAAGCACUGGCCCUGCUCCCGGAACCUGGCUUCAUUAUCCGAAGAGUGGAAAUGGAGCUCUCCUAGAGAGGGGUGUUGGGGGGCAGGCCCCCCAAACUGAUGGACAUGGGAGAGGGCUCUGAUAGCCCUCUGUCCUCCCAUACCUGGCAGUUGGGGGGAGAGGGAGGGGCCCUGCCACUGUCUCCUGCCCAGAGUCCUCUUUCACAUAUCACCUGCAGUCAGACUGAAGAAUAAAAGGUAGUGGUGAAGGGGCUGAUGGAAUGGAGGAACAAACUGCUAUUUUUAAUUUCCUGUGAGGAUAGAGACUUACAGUUAGACUCAAAGAAGUACUGUACAUCCCCAAGUUGACUUAAGAAAUGCCAGUGGUGGUGUGGUGUGUGGCAAGCAGGGCCCUCAGGAGGUUUGUCUUUGGGGCUCUCCAGGGCUGUCUUCCCCUUUCCUCACCCACCCUGGGGAAGGGCUGGUCUGUGUGGGCCUCCCCUUCACAGCUCUCCUUGGCUCCAGGCACACCGCUAGGGAACAGGGACCCUCACUGAGAACUGAAGGGGAUGGCCAGCCUGCAGAGGUGGGUGCGGGGCUGCAUGGUGUUUGCCCUGGACCUCCUCUUCGGGGUCCUUUCCUCUUUCACGCGCACAUAAAAUCGCUUUCCAGUUAAAAUCAC